AUGACGCAGUCGAGGGACGCAAGAGGAGGGAAAGCGGAUGAGGAGCGUCGAUCAACGGUCCUGCGCCUGAAGCUGAGAUAUAUAGGUGAGUUCUCGACUGUGCGGCGCAUGGCCGACCUACCAACGGACCCUGUCCACGCUGCACGGCCAACGGGCGUGGGGGGACUCGCGUGGGAGGCUGUCAACGCCGCCAGAUACGACUGUGGCGUGGGCAGCCGAUGUAGUACGGGAGAAGAUAACGACCGGGCGAAGACAAUCGUUAUCUGUGGGUUUAAGUCGCCCAGACACGACGCCAGGCAGCUUACCUUGCUUACCUUGCUCGCCAUGUUCGCCAUGCUCGCCAUGCCCGUGCUGCUCGUCCUGCUCGCCAAGCUCGUCCUGCUCGCCAAGCUCGCCCUGCUCGCCGUGCUCGUCCUGCUCGCCAUGCUUGCCAUGCUUGCCAUGCUUGCCAUGCUUGCCAUGCUUGCCAUGCUUGCCAUUCUGCCUUCACAAAGAUUGGAUAUAUGGAAUUGA